AGCAUUAACCCUCUGUAUUGUUUCCCACCCAGUAGAUAUGUUUGAUGACUUCUCGGAAGGCAGAGAGUGUGUCAACUGUGGGGCCAUGUCCACCCCACUGUGGCGGCGGGACGGGACGGGACACUAUCUGUGCAACGCCUGCGGCCUCUACCACAAGAUGAAUGGCAUCAACCGGCCGCUCAUCAAGCCUCAGCGCCGGCUGUCUGCAUCCCGCCGGGUGGGCCUCUCCUGUGCCAACUGCCAGACCACCACCACCACGCUGUGGCGCCGCAACGCCGAGGGCGAGCCGGUGUGCAACGCCUGCGGCCUCUACAUGAAGCUCCACGGAGUUCCCAGGCCUCUUGCGAUGCGGAAAGAGGGGAUUCAAACCAGAAAACGGAAGCCCAAGAACCUUAACAAAUCGAAGACACCAGCAGGUCCCUCGGGCAGUGAGAGCCUUCCUCCCACCACCAGUGCUUCCAGCAACUCCAGCAGCGCCGCCACCAGCAGCAGCGAAGAGAUGCGUCCCAUCAAGACAGAGCCUGGGCUGUCGUCCCACUAUGGGCACGGCAGCUCCAUGUCCCAGACGUUCUCAGUCAGUGCGAUGUCUGGCCACGGGCCCUCCAUCCACCCGGUCCUCUCGGCCCUGAAGCUCUCCCCUCAAGGCUACGCAUCCUCUGUCAGCCAGUCACCACAGGCCAGCUCCAAGCAGGACCCUUGGAACAGCCUGGCCUUAGCUGACAGUCAUGGGGACAUAAUCACUGCGUAAUGUCACCUCCUCCCCUCCUCAGAUUCCUGCAUGGACUUGGGACUCGGAGGACAGCAGGGAUGAGGCUCUGGGCUCCCAGGGGCCAGCCUGCUCUGUCUGGGAAUGACUCCAGACAACAACUGGGAAGAAACUUGAAGUCUAUGAUUUGGUUAGGGGAAGUGGGUGCUGGAUUUUCUCGGAUACCUUUCCAGGUAGGGGGCUGGAAAGAGCCCAGACUCUGAUCCAGAAGAGGCCCCCCUUCACUGGGAGCACACCUCAGACCCUUCCGCGGAGUUGGAGCGUUCCUUCUCCUUUCCUGCCCCGCCCCACCCCGGACGAGAGACUAGAUGUCCUUCUCCCCGUCUUUCCACCGCUGUGGCCCGAGACGGUGGUUCUUCCGUGGUGUUCCUUGCACCUGGGACCUGAGGGCAGGUGGAGAGGGCAGGGUGCUGGGGCCCCAGCUCCGGCCUGAAUCCGGGCAUCUGUCUGAGGUGCGUUUGGAUGCGGUGGCCCCUUGGGCGGCUCCUGCCCUUUCCCAACACUCCCCCUCAUUCAGCACACCUGCAGAUCCAAUACUGACUCUUGACUCCAAAAACCCUGGGUGUAGGGCCAGCGUCCCCGGAUGCUCCGUGGGGAGACGGAGGAGGGGACAGCUCCGUCCGCCACAGAGUGGCUUUGGCAGACUCUCCACCGGGUAGCCUCUCCUCUCCGCAAGUUCCUUCCAUGGCUAAAAUCGCUCCUUCUCUCCACCCCACCAAGGCCUCUGAAUGAAUUUCCCUCUGCUGCUCUGUGAUUCAGCUCUGCCUGCAGCUUGAAAGUGUCUCUUCCUCAGCAAAACAGGAGCUCCCCUAAGCCUGACCCCCAGAUCCUUCUUACACCCCAUCAUGCACAGGGGGUGCUGAGUAAGAACAAAAAAGGUUCUGCCAAAGCAAGUUUGACCUGCAUUCAUCUGAGACUUGAGAUCCUUCUGGAGAGGGGUCUGGGGGACACCAUCCCCGGGGCUGGGUGCACUGCGGGGGGCGGGGUUUUCCGCUUGGAUCUGGCCGAGGUGAACUCGCUGUUCUGCGGGGAAGAGCCUGUUGUCCAAAAAGCAGGCCGAGCCCUUCCACGGGGCAGGCGCAAAGCACCUGCACCUACAUCCUUUCUCCAGCAGAAAUCUUUUGUCCAGGAGGCAAAGAGCUCAGGAUUUCUCACCAUAAAUACAAACAAACAGUGCAACAGCACUCACGGAAGAAUGAUGAGAGAGGACGGAUGCUGAGGAUGGGCCGAGGGCUCUCCCGCUCCCCCUGUUAGGGAAUUGGCCGCCUCUCCACGGUGCUGUUCCUGCGGGAGGCACCUGGCUCACGAAGACCAAGACACCGCCUUCUGUGCCCUUGCUGCCACCAGAGAGGAGCUAGCUGGCUUUCCCAAGUGCCACCCCAGCCACCCAGCCCCCACCCCCAAAUCCUCCUGGCUGUAGCAGAGAGUAUCUUUACACCCAGAUUCUGUUUUAAUGAUCAUUUACAUCAUUGCUUUCUUCCAAGAAAGCCCCCUCAUGUACCUUCCCUAACCCACAAACCUGCUAACAUUGUCUUAAGGUGAAAUGGCUGUAAAAUCAGUAUUUAACUAAUAAAUUUAUCUGUAUUCCUCUU